AUGAAGGAGGAUUUGAAUAUGGAGAUCAAUUGGAUAAAAUAGGAUAGGCUGCAUAGAUCAAAUAAACAGGCAUCAAAAUGUAUUAUUUAUUAUGGCAAAAGCGAUCUAAUGGUAUUCUUUAAUUAAAUAUAUUAGGUAUAAUUCCUAAAAAUCGAUGGGUGA